CUGCCACUCAAACACAGGUGUUAGCCGCAUUGUCAGGCAAUGAGCAGUAGGUACGGUGCUGCCUGUGCUCGGGGUGUUGUGGUGGAGAUCGCUGCUGUCGUUUAGGCGAGGCCGGGAUCCCUGAGCAGGAAAAUGGGAGAUGGCUGUACGAGCAGGGAUGGCGUUAUAUCUGGCGGCCGCCUUUGUGCUUCUACGUAGCUAUAGGAGCUCUGGCUUGAAUGAGACGACGACGACGACUUUCCCGGAAGAUCUGAAUUCUACGGGGAUUACAACGCCGGUGAACGGUUCCGGAACCGAAACAAUCACACUACUUGUGAAUGCGACAGAAGCAGCGACUACGGCGUUUCAGGGGUUAACCCAGGACCCGGGGACUGUGGCCGGCUACAGGGAGCUCGGACUGCCGAGCACUGGCGCCGCGGAGACCUCAGCAGCGGUGACCCCGGCACCGACAGUCCCCGUCACCAGAGGCCGCACGACUGAAGAUCCGGUCACCGAGACUCCUGGAACGCCUGCAUUGGACGGACAUGUUAGCAGUUCAAGCCCCCCAGCUGCAGUUACUACGGCAGAUCUUGUGUCAAGCAAAAGUUUAAUAACUACAACGUUGCAAACUUUUUAUCUAACCAGUUCAUCUGAUAAUAGUACAUCUGCUUUAGCAGAUAUGUCAUGGACUCAGUUUAACAUUAUCAUCCUGACAGUCAUUAUAAUUGUAGUGGUUCUGUUAAUGGGAUUUGUGGGGGCUGUGUAUAUGUAUAGAGAAUACCAGAGCCGGAAGCUUAACGCUCCUUUCUGGACCAUUGAACUGAAAGAGGACAAUAUCAGUUUUAGCAGUUACCAUGACAGCAUCCCCAAUGCUGAUAUUUCUGGACUUCUGGAAGAUAAUGCAAAUGAAAUUGCUCCAAAUGGCCAGCUCACAUUGUCUGCGCCUAUACACAGCUAUAAACCAUAACCUAGUAUCACUAGGACGCCAGGAACUGUACAGGAUGUUCACCUAACUCAAUGUUCAGUAUUGAACGUGACAUUUUGAAUAUUUUUAUUUAAUAAAACCAUGGCUU